AUGGAUUUCCAAGGAACGCCCAUCGGCAACGCGAGGAAAGGCACCAAGGUCACCACCGACCCGAGAAACUACAACCGACCGAUCAACGAGGGAGCAGGGGCUAUUGCCAGCGACUCGCUGGCCGCAGAAUCCGUGCGCGCUGGAGGUGUAUUCUCAGAGAAUCGCGACAGCCAGCCGCUGAGCGUGUCGGGCAGCCAAUCGACGCUCAACAACCUCAACACAUCGGGGGCAGCUAAGCUGCACAAGUCCGAGAGCGCAGCUACCCGCGACGACCCCAAUCAACAGGAGAGAUACCCGGAAGCCCUUGGCGGACAGGGCGCCUACCCGGGACAUCAUAUUGGGACGGGGGGAUAUGUGGGAGGGUCGAACAAGGCGAAACACGAUCUGGGUCUGCAGGGCCACGAGUACCACACGCACGGCGCGACGGAAGCCUGCGGCACUGACGGCUACCGGAGCCAGUACAACGGCGGGAUUGCGCCGUCGUAUAUCAACUCGGUGGUCGAGAAUGCCGGCAGCACCAACGUCAAAGACCCCCGGGGCAACAACCUCCGCGAGGGCGGCUUCGACAGCAACCCGAACAACAACGCCAGCUUUACCUCUGACAUUGGCAGCAACAAGGAUCCCGGGCGCAAGGCCGAAAGCCAGUAUCAGCGCAAGAUGGCCGAGAGCGGUGUCGAGGCGAGGGCCAUCCAGCAGCGGGUGGAGAAGUGUGCUCAACCGUAUAACCCGUUGGAACGGGAGGAGAGUGCUUAG